CUCGUCGGCCUCCAACAUGACUCUCCUCAGCUGGACUUGAGCAAGCAGGAUUUCCGUCUCUUUCUCUUUUUUUUUUUUUUUUUUUUUUUGCUUUCUAACGUCUACUUCUCACUUGUUUAAGAGGGGGAGAGAACAAGAAGUUGCGUUGAAAAUGCCGCGCUCGUUUCUGGUCAAGAAGCACAUCAACUCCGCCAAGAAGCCCAACUACAGCGAGCUGGAGAGUCCAACAGUGCUCCUCAUGCCGCACUUGUACAAGGGCCUCCCGCUGCCCGUCAUCCCCCAGCCGGAGUUUCUGAGCCCGGCCGCGUACAGCCCCAUCACGGUGUGGACCACCAGCAGCCUUCCGCUCUCCCCGCUGCAGCCCGGCGACCUGUCCCCGCUGUCCGGAUACCCUUCUUCGCUCUCGUCCUCCUCCUCCUCCUCCUCAUGCAAGGACCACAGCGGCUCCGAAAGCCCCCGCAGCGACGAGGAGGAGCCCGGCGGCCCGCCGCCUCAGCAGGACGCGGACAAGUUCCGGUGCGUCCAGUGCGCCAAGUCCUACUCGACCUACUCGGGACUCGUCAAGCACAAGCAGCUGCACUGCGACGCGCUGCAGGCCCGCAAGUGCUUCACGUGCAAAUACUGCGACAAGGAGUACGUGAGCCUGGGCGCGCUCAAGAUGCACAUCAGGACUCACACGUUGCCGUGCGUGUGCAAAAUCUGCGGCAAAGCCUUCUCCAGGCCCUGGCUUCUGCAGGGCCACAUCAGGACGCACACCGGCGAGAAACCCUUCUCGUGCCCCCACUGCAAGCGGGCGUUCGCCGACCGCUCCAACCUCAGGGCUCACCUGCAGACCCACUCGGAUGUGAAAAAGUACCAAUGCAAGAACUGCUCCAAGACCUUCUCGCGGAUGUCGCUGCUGCACAAGCACGAGGAAUCCGCUUGCUGCGUAGCACACUGAACGCACGGGAUACUCUCUUCCGCGACCACAAGACUUGUUUUUCUUCACAUAUAUCUUUUUUUGUUUGUUUGCUUUGAAAGCAAAUUUCCAAGCCCGGAAGUCGUCGUCAGGGAAUGUUUUUGCUUGGACCAGUGGUCCAUUUCAACGUUUUGUUUUUUGCAAUAGCUUCCUGUCUCAAGCCUUACAUACUCACUCACACUACCUGUGCUAUUCAUGCACUUUUUUUUGCAUGUCUACGACAUCUCCUGUGCCUUCACUUUGCUCGGACACAUCAAGUUUAAAGGACACGAUGGGAAUACCGAAGCCAUUGUUACUUAGGGAACUUGAAUUUUUGCACAGACAUUCCAAACAGAUUGCCAGCACUCGCGUAGGGAUCAUUUUGUUCCCCCCUUUUAAAGUGCCUCAGUUUUUACUCAGCAAUAAAAUGUAUUUUUUCCUUUUAUAUUUUUUGAUACUAUAUUGAAUGUAAGCGUGACUGCGAUGAUUGUAUAUUAAAACUGCAAUGCAGGUUGGUUUUCAUACUCUCGUGACACUUAAAUAAAAGUCUCAUGGCA